AAGCAAACGGGCGAAUCCGUUGAGAAAAGAAAAACAUAAACAAAUCUCAAGUACGAUCGUAUUUUGGAUGUGAACGAGUUUCUUGCCGCUUUUCUACACCAUGGCAGAGCUGAACGCAACGCAAAUGGCACGCAGACGAUAUCUGACGAUGGCCAUAUCGUCCCAGCUGGAGGAGGUUGGCUUUGCCACAGCGGAACGGGAUGCACUGGAAACACUUACCGAAAUGAUGCAGAGCUUCCUCGUUGAGUUGGGACAAUCGGCACGGAACUACUGUGAGCUUGCGGGCCGCACACAACCGGUAAUUGGAGAUGUGGUUGUGUCACUCAUCAACAUGGGCAUAUCGAUACGAGGCAUGGAAGCGUUCGCGAAACGCGAAGGUCGCCAUAUGCUGCCACAGCCACAGCAAGCACAAGCCCAAAAGCAGCAAUCGAUCUUGCAGGCUGGCCAGAAAAUACCACACCCAUCGUACAUUCCGAACCAUCUGCCCCAGUUCCCUGACCCGCAUGCAUACAUACGAACACCGACCCACAAACAACCGGUGACGGAGUACGAGGUGAUUCGCGAGAAGGCAGCCCAGCAGCAGCGAGACGUGGAACGAGCGCUGACCAAAUUCCUUGCAAAAACUAGCGAAAUCGACACACUGUUUGAGAACGAGGAAAAUCCAAUGUUUCCUUUGAUUGCAUGCAAACCCUCCUUUCCACCGUACCUGCAAGCACUGAACCCGAGCGAUCAGAUAUUCGAUUUCGAGGAGCUCGAAUACUACUAUCUGGUAGCGAACCGGAAGGAAGACAUUACGGAAACGAAGGAAGAGGCCGACGCGGACGAUGACGAUGACGAGGAUGGCGAAAGUCCGAAGAAGGAGGAGAAAAGAUCACAGCAGGAAGAUAAACAAGAGUUAGAGGAAGCUCCAUCUCCAUCGGCGGGAAAAAAUGAUUCUGCGACACCGGGUAGCAAUUCCGGUCAGUCGUCCGCAAGCGUCCUCAGCACACCGGUUCCGAUCGAUAAUCCGUACCUGCGGGCGGCCACAAUACCGCGCAAGGUGAAGCACGAUCUACGGUAAAGACUGAGGCAGGAUCUUUCUUUGCGCAAUAAAUAAAGCAAAAAAGUACGUUA